AUGUACAAGUGUUCUGAACCGAGCUGUGAUAGAUACUUUAGUCGUCAUUCUUCUUAUCGCAACCAUAUAAAAACUCACAAUAAUAUAAUUGAAAACCUUCUUCAAGAAGCUACUAUAGAAAAGAGAAAAGAUGAAAUUGGUAGUUUUGUAUUAGGUUUUAGAGAAGAAAUAGAAAAUAUUGAACCAAGAUUUGGAGACCACAUAGAUUAUGAAAUAACAAAUGCAGAUGAUAGAAAUAAUGAAAUAGAUAAUGAAAUAGAUGAUGAAGCAGAAUUUGAAGAUGAUGAAGCAGAAUUUGAUGAAAUAGAUGAAAUAGAAGAAGUAUAUAUUGUAUGUAGUACAUAUAAUCAUCUAUUAGAGUUGCGAGUAAGGCUAAGUUUGAGAGUUUGA